AUGGAUGUAUCCAUUAAAGGCAGCCCAGCCCUUGAAAGUCCGAUCCAGGCUGUCUGCCAGGGCACAGUAGGGCUAUUUGUGGGACUAGACCCGACGGACACCCCUACUCCUACUCCUCCCCUUACCCUUACUCCCUACGCUAGGUACGCUACGCAACGCUAUGCUAUGCUGCGUCUAGGAGAGAACCACACUUGA